AUGUUAGGCAUGAUGCUACCCACGUGGUUUUUGUCCAUGUGGAUCAGCAACACGGCCACCACUGCCAUGAUGCUUCCCAUUGUCCAGGCCAUACUCGUCCAGCUACAGGAGACAACAGAUGGCAGUGGUGAGGGACCGGAAGUCGACAGUGAGUCCAGUACUGAAGGUUUGGAUAAUUCUGGUCUGAUCAUGGACAAUCAGUCUCUGGAAAUGGCUGACGUCCAAGACGUGAAACAGACAAAUGGCGUCCCUGAGAAACCCGCCAUUGACAACGAUAUGACUCAAAUUGGAAACACGGUGGUAAUAGCGGACGAUGUUCCGACCGAGGGUUUCAGCGACCGGGAGUACUCACGUCUGUGUAAAGGGAUGUCUCUGUGUAUUGCAUAUGCAGCUAACGUUGGCGGAAUUUCUACGCUGAUUGGAACUGGUCCGAAUGUCGUUUUGCAAGGACAAGCAGAAAUACUUUUCCAGAAGUAUGGAAUUGAGUCUGGAGUCUCAUUUGGAAGCUGGAUGAUUUUCGGAUUUCCCACCUCUUUAAUUUGUGUGGUCAUUACCUGGAUAUGGCUACAGAUAUUCUUCCUCCGCUGCAGUUGCCUGUUCAAAAGAUCAAAAUCUGGAAGAAGUGCUGCCAUCAAGGCUGUUAUUCGGAAGGAGUACGAUGCACUUGGACCUAUCACAUUUGCGGAAGCAGCUGUUUUAGCUCAUUUCAUCAUCGUGGCCAUUUUGUGGUUAACCAGAAGGCCACAGUUUAUUUCUGGAUGGGGAGACCUGUUUCCUCCCAAAUACGUCGGGGACUCCACUGCUGCCAUAUUAGUGGCUUGCAUUCUGUUCAUUUUCCCUUCUAAACUACCCCGGGUUUUCUGCUGUGGACCUAAGGAGUAUGAUUUUGACCAUUCGGAAAAGGGACAGAAAGUUGAGCCUCUGUUGACUUGGAAAGACGUUCAUCACGGAUUACCCUGGAUGAUAGUCUGGCUUUUGGGAGGAGGAUUUGCCCUAGCAGCAGGCUCUCAGAAAUCUGGACUGUCUUCUUGGAUUGGCCAACAACUGACUGUUUUCGGGGAUCUCCAGCCCUGGGUGAUGGUGCUCAUCAUUACGUUCAUUGCUGCCGCUGUGACUGAAGUAACCAGUAACACAGCUAUCACCACCAUCAUAACGCCGAUUCUCGGAGAACUGGGUCUGCAGGUGGGCGUUAACCCUUUGUACCUGAUGUUCCCAGCCGCCAUUGCCACCUCUUUCGCUUUCAUGUUGCCCGUGGCCACUCCGCCCAAUGCCAUUGUCUUUUCACACGGUCACGUUAAGGUUAAGGAUAUGGCGGCGGCUGGCUUCAUGUUAAACAUUGUAUGCGUCUUGGUGCUUAACCUGGCCACGAAUACCUGGGCGAAUGCUUACUUCAACUUCGACGUCUUCCCAGAACAGAUGCUUCAGAAUUCAUCACUGGCACGGAAUACAACGUCACUUCUGGCUUAACGCAUUCCCAAAGGCUUGUGACUGCAGUCUGUAUUCAACAUCUCUGGCAUCGUGCAAUAGAGGCCGUGUAACCAAGAUCGUGAUGCUUCACAAAUAUAUGACUCAACUUCAACAUUCCUGCCAUAAUGUCAGAGGUCAUGCUACUGUAUAUGAUGGAUUUAUUUAUUUAUUUGAUUGGUGUUUUACGCUGUACUCAUGAAUAUUU